UUCCUUGUUAAACAUAACUAACAGUGUAUUUCCCUCCCUAGUCACUCCUUAGUCUAACCUGUUCAACCUGCCAGGUAUCUGGAGGCUUACGCAAGUCCUAACAACGUAGGAUGAGGUGUUAAGGAUCACCAGUCAAAAUACACACAGCCAGAAUUUUUUUACUUUUUUCAGCAGGAUCAACAGAGGAGGACAUGGAAACAGACAAUUCAGAGGACAUUGAGUCUCUGAUUGAGGACAUGCAGUACAUCCCUGGUCACUUUCACCUGGAGCUAAAUCUUAACUGUGAUCCUGUUGGUCCAGUGAAUCUGCGAUUCAGAGACACUUACCUGAAACAGGAGAGCCUGCAAGCUGAGCUGGAGGUUGAAGUGGGAUAUAUGCAGUACGCUGUCAGGAAUCUACUGGGGCUGCUGGCAUUUCACCUGGAACAGCUGGACAGAGCUGAGGAAAUAUUCAGGAGCAUUUGUAAGGAGGACCCUGGGAAUCUCAAUGCCUGGGCUAACCUGGGCUUUGUGUAUGACAUACAGAAGAGAGAACUGGAUGCAGAGGAAUGUGUGGACAAAGUCUCCUAUCUCAUGGGGGUGAACUCUGGAGAGGAUUAUCAAGAGGAGACCAGUCUGCUGGCAGCACGCUGUCUGGCCGAGCAGGCAUACGCGUAUCCGUAUGAUGUGGAGCUGGACAGCGAUGACAACUUGAGGGAAAGGCUAAUGUCAGCCCUGUCACUUUAUAACAAAGCUCUGCAUUAUGGGGGUCACCUGAUACCAACAGAAGAAAAGCAACACUGGUAUUUUAAAAUGGCAACUAUUUAUGUCAGACUGGACCAGAUCAUAAAAAACAAAGAUGAUUCUGAAUACUCAAGACUCUUUCACUACAAUAAGGGACUUAAGCUCCUAAAGGAAACACUGGAAUCUGAGACAAAACAACACAAAGCUCUAGCUUGGUGUUAUGUUGGCAUCAUGUUGGAAAGGAAAGACGAAUUUUCCUCCGUGCCCAUGUCAAUACAUGACUGUGGUUUCUCAGCCUCUGAUCCCCUGUUCUGCUAUGGAACCGCCAUGGAUUUGGCCAGCAACGAUGCAUUCAUCCUGAACAUUCUUGCCAAAAUAGUCUUUUUGCUGGGUAAACAUGACAUGGCUACAGGGAUCUGCAACAUGGCUCUAAAUGUUCUGCCAGAUCCAGAGCUCAACUGGCAGGCCUACUGUACACGUGCCAAGAUCAAUGUGAUCCUUUAUGUCAACGAACUUGAGAAAGCAAAACAUGGAAUAGGAGGAGUUCCUGACCGACAGAAGCUAGCUGAAGCAAGAAAAGACUUGGACAAGGUGCUGACUGUACGUCCGUGUCUGCGGACUCAUCUAGAGAUGGCACAGGUAUUCUAUUACAUGGGUGUAGAUGCACUCCAAGAGAGCCUUAUGGUUGAUGAAUGUUCAAUAAACCACGCUUUGGUGAGUCUGUCCAAUGCGCUAAAGUUUAAGCCAGGAGACAGCUUACCGGACCUCCAUGUGCUCAGAGGACGCUGCCUUUUAAUAAAAGGCGAAGAGCAGAAUGCUGCAGAGUGCUUCAAGCAGGCCAUGGAGUUAGAGAGACCAGGGAGCACUGACACCACAACCCUGCACUGCCUCCUACUGACCCUCCUGAAUCUAUUUAUGCAGGGAGGUUCUGAUCCUAGUUCUGUCAUCACACAGCUGGAGAUGUGGGUGAACAAGGCAGAGGAGCGAUACCCCCAGGAUACAGUAAAAUCAGAACUUCGGGCCCUAUACAGAACACAUACAGAAGAGGUCACAGAGUUGUCUAAGACUCUCAUCAGGACAGGGCGCUUGGGCCUGGUGAAAAGGCUGCUCAAAACAGUGGUGCCUAAACAACUUGCUGAGAAAAGACCUCUGGCACGGUAUUUUUCAUUAACAUGAAACAGUGUUAUUUUAGUAGGACAAAGAAAAAACGCAAGGCAAAAAGUAAUCAAGCAAUGCCUUGGCAGCAUUUCAGAUAUUGGAAAACAUUUGUGAGCUUUUUAAAUAUGAGUUUUAUUUAAUCUUUUGAAAUGGAUACAGGUUGCAGUGCUUGUAAACAUGUAUCUAUACAGUGCCUUGCAAAAGUAUUCACACCCCUUGAACCUCUUCAGAUUGGGUCAUGUUACAUCCAGAAACUUCAGUGUAUUUUACUGGCAUUUUAAAUGAUAAACUGAUAAAGUAGUUCAAAAUUGUAAAGUUAAGGAAAAAGAAGCAUUGUUUUCAAAAUUCUUCAUAAAUAAAGAUCUGAAAAGUG